AGAUGGCCUGUUUACUAAGUCCCUAUGCUAUGGGCAGGCGUUGGGUUUUGAAGUUUUGGAACACCUCCUCAUGGCGAAAGGACAUAAUCCCUGGACAUGCUUACGAUGUUACGAUUGUUACGAUUGUUAGAUGUGGUGUAGUGGAUUUUCUUUGGCUCUUUUUUUUUUUUCGUCUUACUGCUGCUCUUACUUUUUUUUUUUUUUUUGUUUAUACCUAACUAUGGCUCAAUUCCACUGCUUGUAUUUUUCUCCAAGUUCAUGUAGUAAUUCCAUGAAAUACCCACCGAUUCAUGCCCAAUCUCACCCAAAACCCAACCCCGUCUACGCCGUUGUAGAGGAAGUACCUUGCAUCCUGACGCAGCUUCGACUAAAAUCCUCGCCAGUACAGCACCGAUGCUCGUCAGGUAGACUCGUUCCGUUCACAGCAUGCACAACAUUGGAAGCUAGUCCGGAUACUUGCAGUUACCGGGCGAGAUACAAAGUAGGUACUAGUAGUUCAAGCUCCGUAUAGCGUACUCCGUACUUGAGUCUGUUUCUGUUAGUGGUAAGCAGGUACAACGUGUGCUUACUGUGUUACUAGUAAGUAGUUAGUAGUUAGAUACAGGUACUAGUCCGUAGAUCAUUCGCAUUCCAUACUUAUUUAUGAUCUUGGUCUAUUUUUGGGGUUAUGAAUCCUAGCAAGUUGAUGG